UUCAAAUACAAUAUUAAAAUUGUUAGCGUUCAGAAAACGCAGCAUAUUUCUCCAAUCGCAUCCCUUCAAAUUCAUCUUCAUUGAAGAUCAACGGCUCCAAUGUCAAAUGACUCGUCGUCACUCCUUGAAUUCACUGGAUAACAAGGAAUCAAAAUCUGAAAAACCCUAAAAAAAACUCUCUUAACAUCAAGCAAUUUAUGUAAAUAAGAAUUCAUCCUCUCAUCUGCGCCGCCCAAUUUUUGCUGAAAAAAGAGAAAUUUGAAACACAAUAAUGUCUGACGAGGAGCACCAUUUUGAAUCCAAGGCCGAUGCAGGAGCUUCCAAAACUUACCCUCAGCAGGCUGGUACCAUCCGUAAGAACGGCUACAUCGUUAUCAAAAACCGUCCCCUGCAAGGUCUCUCUUUUGUUGUGGAAGUUUCCACCUCCAAGACGGGGAAGCACGGACACGCUAAGUGUCACUUUGUCGGAAUUGAUAUCUUCACUGCCAAAAAGUUGGAAGAUAUCGUUCCCUCGUCCCAUAACUGUGAUGUUCCGCAUGUGAAUCGUACUGAUUACCAGCUGAUCGAUAUUUCUGAGGAUGGAUUUGUGAGUUUGCUGACUGAUAGUGGAGACACUAAGGAUGAUCUGAGGCUCCCAACUGAAGAGAGCUUGUUGAAACAGAUCAAGGACGGGUUUGCCGAGGGGAAAGACUUGGUCGUGUCUGUCAUGUCGGCAAUGGGGGAGGAGCAGAUCUGUGCUCUCAAGGACAUUGGUCCGAAAUAGUUUGAGACUUGAUUCUCAAUAUGUUAUUGCAAUGUUAAAUGAGAUUAUUUUUAUAAGAGCUUUGUCUUU